GAUCCUCCACCCCCCCUCCCAACUGAACCCAAACAAUAAUCCAUCACCCUCCCACUCCACCUCUCCAACUCCCUCCUCCCACCUCCCACCUCCCUCCCACCCACUCCCACCACUCGCCCACCCCCCACACCCCUCCCCCGUCGCUUCCGGAAGAACGCUGCAGAGUACAUCAUCGUACAGAGAAACGCAUCCGUACAUCCUAAUUACUUAUCUCCAUUAAGCACUUGACUUAAGCCUUUAACUUAUGCCAUGACCCAAACUGCUGUCGUGCUGCCACUUCGUCUCCGUCUUUCACUUCUCCCUCUUCGUCCCUGCGAACCCACUACCACCGCCGCCGCAAGAACACCAGAAACAAGUCGAGCUCCGUUGCUUCCUUCGCAGCUAUGAACACUUUUGGUAUGCGGCCAUCCUGCUCCUCUUCCUCCUCCUCCUCCUCCUCCGAAACGAGACAGAGUUCGGUUGUGCUCCGUCCGCCGCCGUCUCCCGCGCCGGACUACCCAGCUUUCCUGUUCUCCCCGCCCAUCUUGCCCUCCUCCCCGAAGCGGAGCUUAUCUUCGUCCUCCUCCUCGUCCUCCAUUGCCUCCUCCACUUCUUCUCUCUCGUUCAACUCGGAGAGCUUGCGACGCCACUUGCUGAUCAGAGAACUGGGGUUUGACAAUCUGAUAGUUCCCAAAAGCCGCCGAGCAAAAUUCGAUUUGAAAUUACAGAUCCAUGAUCUGAACAACGUCCCAUUGGUCUCCGGUCACGCGUAUAUCAAAUGGCACGUCGAAGGUUCGACGCGCGCCGACUGCCGCUCACGCACCAGCCACGAACCCAUCAAGGAGCACAAGGUGGUAUGGGGGUACGAGCACUCAAUCCAAGGCCUGCGCUUCAAUAUCGGCAAGGGUAGCAUGCUGCAGGAGAGCCACAUCGUCCUCGAGGUGCACCAGGAGUACUCGGGCGGGAGAGAGCGCAUACUGCUGGGUGUGGUACGGCUGAACCUGGCCGAGUACGCGGGACUCGAGGGCAAGACGAGGAGGUACCUGAUGCAGGACAGCAAGAUCAACUCGACGGUCAAGAUCGGCAUCGAGAUGCAUCAGGUCGGGGGUGACCCGAACUUCUCGACGCCGCCGUUGAAGGGCGCCCAGGUGUUCUCGGGGAUUGCGGGGAUCAUCGGCGAGCAGAGGGAAAAUGACGACUCGCGGAAAAUGACAGUUCCCAACAUCAAGAAUCGCGAUGCCGGCGCAAAUCAGGACAUGUACCGGCGCAACCUGACGGCAAGCUGGCAGUUGAUCCCAGGCGAACUCAACGCCGACGAAUGCAUCGAAGACAUCUUUGCCGGCGGCGACGGCUGGACCGGCAACGGUGGCGGCGGAGGAAAACCCAAGUCCGUGCGAAUGUUCGAAGGCAGCGACAGCGACUCGAUAAGCCAGCUCAGCGUGGGAACCAAUACGCCGAUCACCACUGGGGGUCUGGGAGUGGAGAAGGCGACGCCUGCAGCGCCAUCGCUGUUGACGGUCGAGCCGAUUAGGGAUGGCAAGAAGAGAGGAGGGUACGCGGUUAGUGUGAUGACGGGGAGGAGCAAGUUGACGGUACACACCAGCGGGGGCACCAGCGGGGGUGGGGCCAAGUCGGUAAAGUCGGUAAAGUCGGUAAAGUCCAGCCCGCGGGAGGUGGAUGAGCUGAGGGACGAUCUGGUCAGUUGGAGGAUGCCGUCGAAGUGAGCUAUGGAGAGUAAUUCAUCCUUUCCUUUUUUCCUCUUUUCCUUUUCUCUCUCUCUCUCUUGUUCCUUUUCUUUUCUUUUCUUUUUCUUUUUCUUUUAUAGUGAGAUACCCGGCAAGCAUGCAUGCGCCGACACGCCCGUUCCGACUCACUUUUCUCUUUCUUUUGCUUCUUUUGUUUCUUUUUCUUUUUUCUUUUGGAGUUUUUUGGGGCAGUUGUUGCUUGUGCUUGUGCUUGUGGGGCUUUUCGAUUCCUGAUAUUUCAUUUAAGCCUCUUACCCUUUUCGUAGAUGGAUCUGAUCGUGGGAUAUGGCUGUGGAGUGGGGAUCAAAACGUGGUUGGAGAUGUGGUUGGAGAGUAGGAUGAUGUAUGUAGUCACUUGUACAAUACAGUUCUAGAGUAAUCUAAGUGGCAAUGUUGAGAAUGUGG